CGUUUCCCUCAGAAAGAGAAAAAUAGAACUACACUGGCCACCGGGUCCCACGAAGAGCGGCCACAAACCCUAGCAAUUUCCCCACUCCCGAGCUCCCUCCCCGCCUCCCGCUCCUCGCGCUCGAUUCGAACCCGACAGCAAAUCCACGCUCUCCGCUGCUUGCCGCCAUGGAGGACGCCGCGGUGGAGGAGGCGGAGGUGAGCGGCGCCGGCGAGUUCGCGCCGGCGCUCGUCGCCGCCCACCCGCUCGGCAACUCCGUCGCCGUCGCCGUCGGGCCCGAGCUCCGCGUGUUCGAUCUCAAGGGCGGCUGUGCAGUUUCAUUGUCAGAUGAUUCUGGUGGUUGUUCUCAUUCGGAUGCUAUUAGAGCAAUUUCGUUUAGUGCUGAUGGUGCCUUGUUCGCAUCUGCCGGUGAUGAUAAGCUUGUGAAGAUCUGGAAGACUGACUCAUGGCGCUGCAUCCAGACUAUAACUUCUGAAAAGAGGGUUAGCGCAGUUGCUAUUAGCAAAGAUGGCCUGUAUGUGACAUUUGCAGAUAAAUUUGGUGUCAUUUGGUUAGUUACUGUGGGGGAACAUGGUGGAGGGCAGGUGUCAUCUGAUAACAAACCUGUCUCACUUUAUGGUCACUACUGCAGUAUUAUUACUAGCAUGAAAUUCUCACCGGAUGGACGCUUCAUUGCCACUGCUGACCGGGACUUCAAAAUCCGAGUUACAUCAUUUCCAAAGAAUCCCAUAAAAGGGGCUCCUGAAAUACAGAGCUUUUGCCUUGGACAUACAGAAUUCGUUUCUUCCAUUGCCUUCACAAGCCAUUCUGGAGGAUCAAGCUUUCUAUUAUCGGGAGGCGGUGAUUCAUCUGUUCGGUUAUGGGAUUACAUAACUGGCUGCCUCCUUGAUACAUAUGAAGUCAAAGACAAGGUGGGAGAACAGCCAAAUGAAACUGAAGAUAGCAAUCUAGCCAUUGCAGACUUGUGUUUGACAAAUGAUGACUCACUGGUUGCUGUAGCUAUUCAAAGUUUGAAUGGCAUAAUGCUCUUAGCAUGUGAUCUCGUAGCGAAGAAGUUGUCUUUUCUGAAGGUGAUUACAACGGAAAAGAGCUACAUUCCCACUAGCUUAGCCUACAGCUCAUCCGCAGAUCUUCUGUGGACUGUCAUGGGCGCAUCAAACAUGCCUAACCAGGCCACCUCCCAGUUACUAACCCGUGUCAGAAUCAUCCCCCGCUCCCAGAAGGAUCUAUCAGCCGACCCUGCGGUCCUGGAGGACAGCGAAGUACCACAUGGCGAGAAGCUUCUGCUGGCGCUGCAGGGAAGCCUUGACGCCUCAAAGCAGGAGGAGGUGCUGGCGGCGGUGCUGGCCGCCCUCAGAGUCUCGAUGCACAAGAUGCUGGUGAAGAAGAACUACUCGGAGGAGAGGCGGGAGCAGCGGAAGAGGGGCAGGAACGAUAAGAAGAUCAAGAAGUAAGCCCUGCCUGGCCUGCAAACACCACCAGAUCACGGGUCCUCGCCGCCGCGUUGUACCAUGAGAGGCCGAGAGUGCAAGAAAGAAAUGCACUGACAAAAUGUGAGAACAGGCUCAGCGACCAUCUUUUCUUGCGAGUCGUAAUCCAAUGGCAGGGCGGCUGGUUACGCAAACUGUUUCGGUCGAAAUGGCACAUUGUCUGUUAAGUUGCAGCCCGUGAUUGUCACGAGCUGUGACAUGGAAUGUUAGCUGCACGCAUCACUAUCGUCUGGUAAUCACCGUCAGACGAGUUCGUUUUUAGGGAAUUGCUGCAGCCUGCAGCUCUAAA